AUGCCCCGUGCACCGCACUCCAAAUUAAACAAAACUUGCCGGAUUGCGACCGUGCGAGGUUUGCAGCCAAAUACCACGCUUUCGUGCGCCUGGUGCCAUGCAUGGGGUAACUGGGGCCAACAGCGUCCAAGAGCGUCGCUGUACUCCCCGAGCUCACAUGGACUGCGAUAUCAACCUCUGCAGGGUGCAGGGCUGCUCACAUUGCGGCGCGCAAUAAGACAUUCUGGGAUGGUUUCCAGCAUUCUCGGGAACGGUAGCCGAUACCAUAACCAGGGCAGCAGCGCGCAUGGUGGAGCAGACCAUGUGGUGGUCCAUGCCCUGGGAAUUACGGAUCGUGCCGUUUCAUUCGCCUGUGCAGAGUCGACAUCUCGGACAACGCCCGGAUCCCCGGCGCGGAACCGACGGUGA